AUGGAAAAACCCCACCUGAAGAAGAAACCUCGGCGCUUCUGUGAACAUUGCAGCCUUGAACUCUCUCAUGCACAGUAUUAUGACCACAGGAGGCGCUAUUUCAGAAAUGGAGUUUGGGAGAAAAAUCUCCAAAGGACUCGGUCCGAUAACGCACAGAUCCUGUUAUCCCGUCACACCGGAGGGAGGUCUGUGCGUCCUGGAGCUGGAGAGACGCAUGAGCGUGAGAUGCAGACCGAGCACCCAGGGAAAGAAGUGAAGGAAGAACAUGAAGACAACGACGAAACUGCAGAUGACCAAAACAUUCAUCUUUUCAUGGAUUCCAGUGACUCAGAGUCUGUGCAAGAUGAAGACCUCUCCUGUCAUGAGCACCCGGAUGGCCCGUCCUACGACCCGAACAUCUGUCAGAAGAAGGUUCCACUGGGGGAGUUCUUCAACAACACGGCCCACUCCCAAGGCUGGUUCGCUCUGUGGAUCUUCCAGGACUACUUCCCGGUGAAGGAGGGCAAGUGUGGCUCGAAACAACCAGAACCCGCCGUCUUCAACAAACUCACGGCCUGGAACUGUGAGAAAGGAGCAGAGUGGGUCAACGUGGGCGCGGUCCACUUUAACAACUUCCUCAUGGUCAACAACGAGAAGGCGGGAACCGAGCACAAGCGAAUCCUCAUCAACUACAUCGAUUCUUUCAGCCCAGAAGGCGGGGCCGUGGUGUCGAACAGUGUUAUCGUGGGCCGUGUGGAUGAACUGGGCCUGGACCUCUGCACCUUCAGAGGCAUCAUCGCGCCGCUGGACGACGGCCUCAGCGUCAUCAACACCACAUUCAUCAACUUUGACCGAAGCGGCUGCGCGGCCAUCGGCGUGGCCAGGAUAGACGGGACGUGUAUCGACAAAUGUGGAGGGUGGGCCGUGAGGUUCUCCCACAUCACGUACCACAACACGCCAAACAAAGCCGGGUUCAGGUGGGAGCACGAGGUGCAGCUGCUGGACAUGGACGGGACUCUGACAGGACAUAAAAACUACAAAGUGGUUCCAACGUCGGGUCUGCUGGACCCGGCCCACUGCUCCCAGAGCCCGGACUGGAGCGUGGCCUUUAACGGCUCCGUCUGUGACGACUCCGUCAACUUCCACCGUUUGGCUUUUAACAAUCCUCUGCCGUCGUCUAUCGCCGGACACGACACGCUGCUCAGCAACCAGUUUGGAGGGAGCUCCGUCCCGUACAUGAAGAAGAGGAUGACCCACACACUGGGCUGGAUGGCUCUGUUACCCUCAGACAUGACCUACAUGUGGAGCUUUGAUGAUGCAGAACACAUUACUAACAUCUCCUACACCGCCACCUUCUACGGAUUCAAGCCGUCUGAGUUUGUGAUCAUCGGCCACAACUUCACCCAAAGUCCAGACCGGUUCCACGUCGUGGACAACAGGAACGGCUCCGCGGCGCCUCUGAGCUUCAGCCAGAACCAGAACGGGGACUGGUACUUCCACAAGGAGGACAACAGUCUGUACUACAUGGUGUCUGGUAAAACGAGUGAGCCCAGGUCCAAAGGCAGCGCUGACCCGUCUCUCUCUGAUGUGGACGUCCAGCUGAAGGUCUACAGAUGCUUUUACCCACAGUGCAUUGCGCCCACACCCCCCCCUCCAGCCACCCUGCCCCCCCUGCCCAACAAGAGGCCCGACAACUUCAUUCGAUGGUCUGAUGCGUCUUUUUGGACCUCCUCGUCUGAUAAUAACAACACAGUCCCAGCAGAGGGCGCUGAUGUGGUCAUCCCAACAGGUCAGUGGGUGGUUUUGGACGACAGCACUCCUGCUCUGAACAGACUCACGGUGAACGGAGUCUUGGAAAUCCCCGAUGACUUGAGCUCAAACAGCAGCAGCAGAAGAAGAAGGUCCACAGACGGUCCCGUGGUCAUCGAGGCCACACACAUCAUGAUCCAGGGGGGCCGGCUGGUCGCUGGGUCUCCACAGGCUCCAUUUGAAGGAGAGCUGCACCUCAGACUGAGAGGGAACCACCUCACCCCAGACUGGCCUCUGCCCGAAGGACCCAACCUGGGAUCCAAAGCCCUGGGUGUGUUUGGGAUUCUGGAGCUCUAUGGGAAGCCAUCAGAGGUCUACCACACCAAACUAUCUGCUUCCUCUGCCGCUGGAACCAACACUCUGGCUCUGGCCACGGCUGUGGACUGGAAGGUCGGUGAUGAAGUGGCCAUCUCCACCACCAGCUACGACGCCUGGGAGACGGAAAAACACGUGAUCUCUGCCGUGUCCCAGGACGGACUGACGCUGACUCUGGACACGCCUCUCGCUCACACACACAUCGCUGAAACCCACACCGUCGCUGGUACGGCUCACAGCUACACGCUCGCCGCUGACGUGGCUCUUCUGAGCAGGAAUAUUAAGAUCAUCGGAGCCGAGUACGAGGAGAUGGAGAAGGAGUCGUUUGGAGCCCGGGUCCUGGUGGGAACCUUCUCCUUUGGGGGAAUAGACUACAAAGGCAAAGCUCAGAUCAGAAAUGUGGAGUUCUACCGCAGCGGUCAGGAGGGCUGGUCUGACGACUACGACCCGCGCUACUCCGUGGCCUUCCUCAACCUGGAACAGGUGGAGGACACGUACCUUCAGGGCUGCUCUUUCCACGACGGUUUCUCUCCAGCGAUCGGAGUGUUCAACACAGAAGGUCUUUGGAUCGAGGACAACGUGAUCCACCACACUGUGGGAGAAGGAAUCAGGGUUUGGGGCCACAACACCACACUGAAGAGGAACCUGGUGAUGAUGACGCUUUGGCCCGGAUCGUACCAGGACCGAGAGGAAGACUUUAACUAUGAGUGGAACGCUGCUAUAGAGGUGAACAGGGCGACUUCUGUGGUUUUGCGGGACAACAUCGUGGCGGGUUACGAGCGGGUGGCGUUCCGCAUCGAUGGGGAACCGUGUCCAGGAACUCCCAACGACAGUGAGAUGUGGCGGCGGAACGAGGCGCACGGCGGUCUGCUCGGCGUGUAUCUGAACGAAGAUGGCCUCCCUGAAUGUUCGCUGAUUCAGGACUUUUUUGUUUGGAAAAGCUACGACUACGGGAUCUACUUCCAGGUGACCCAGAGCAUGGUCAUCUCCAACGUGACGCUGGUGGACAACGGUCUUGGCGUGUUGUCGCUCAUCUACACACCCGCAUCCAUCACCCACAAGUAUUCUGACAAAAGAGUGACCAUAGAGUCGUCUCUGGUCGUGGGCAGCAGCCCAAACUUCAACUGUUCACAAACUCUUCCCACCGGAGACUUCAAUGUCAUCAACUCUGCCACACACCGCAUCGGCCGACACAAAACAGGCGGGAGGUCCGGGCUCUGUUUGCCAAACUUCCUCUCCGCUCACAACACGGCGCCCAUGAAGCCUUUUCCUUUGAGCAUGAGCUACAACGCCAUCAAAGGACUGAUGGUCGUCAAAGACACCACUUUUGUGGGUUUCAAAGAGGUGUGUUCUGGUCAGGAGAACUUCAUGUUCAUCACAAACACCAUGAACGAGGAUCUGCAGCACCCGGUCCACGUGUCCGGCCUCAAGAUGGUGGACAGCUCUGACAACAACAAGGCCUUCUUCCACAGAGCCGACGUCGGUAAAGUGAACCCGUCUGACUGCGUGGACAUGGAGUGUGAUGCUAAGAAGAAGUCCCUGCUGAAGGACCUGGACGGCUCGCUCCUGGGGGCCGUGGGGGCCGUGGUGCCGCAGUCUGAAUACGAAUGGGACGGAGACGCUCGGAGAGGCCUGGGCGACUACAGGAUCCCCAAAGUCAUGCUCACGUUCCCCAACGGCAGCCGCAUCCCCGUGGACCAGAUGGCUCCCCACAAAGGCGUGAUCCGGAAGGACUGCACGUACAUGGCGCCGUGGCAGAGCUACAGCUGCACCGGUCUGGACUACAGGCUCCUGGUCAUCGAGAGUCUGGACCCGGACUCAGAGACCCGGCGCCUGUCUCCGGUGGCCGUGCUCGGAGACGGAUACGUGGACCUCAUCAACGGGCCCCAGGAUCACGGCUGGUGCGCGGGUUACACGUGUCAGAAGAGGCUGUCUCUGUUCCACGCCAUCGUCGCCCUGAACCAUGAGUUCGAGGUGUUCUUCAGCAGCGUCAGUCCACAGAAGCUGCGGCUGAUGCUGAACACGGCCGGGCCCUCGGACAGCGUGUUGGUGUCCGUGUUCUACUCCGCGCCGCAGCGUUUGGACGUUUAUGUCGACAAUAAACUGGUGGCUCCGAUGAACGCUCAGUGGAACGAGGAGAGGACGGACUACACCCUGCUGGAGCCUCAGACCCCAGGUACAGACCCACAUGGAGCCUCAGACCCCAGGUACAGACCCACAUGGAGCCUCAGACCCCAGGUACAGAGACCCACAUGGAGCCUCAGACCCCAGGUACAGAGACCCUCAUGGAGCCUCAGACCCCAGGUACAGACCCUCAUGGAGCCUCAGACCCCAGGUACAGACUCACAUGGAGCCUCAGACCCCAGGUACAGACUCACAUGGAGCCUCAGACCCCAGGUACAGACCCUCAUGGAGCCUCAGACCCCAGGUACAGACCCUCAUGGAGCCUCAGACCCCAGGUACAGACCCACAUGGAGCCUCAGACCCCAGGUACAGACCCACAUGGAGCCUCAGACCCCAGGUACAGACCCACAUGGAGCCUCAGACCCCAGGUACAGAGACCCUCAUGGAGCCUCAGACCCCAGGUACAGACCCACAUGGAGCCUCAGACCCCAGGUACAGACCCACAUGGAGCCUCAGACCCCAGGUACAGAGACCCUCAUGGAGCCUCAGACCCCAGGUACAGACCCACAUGGAGCUUCAGACCCCAGGUACAGACCCACAUGGAGCCUCAGACCCCAGGUACAGACCCACAUGGAGCCUCAGACCCCAGGUACAGACCCACAUGGAGCCUCAGACCCCAGGUACAGACCCACAUGGAGCUUCAGACCCCAGGUACAGAGACCCACAUGGAGCCUCAGACCCCAGGUACAGACCCACAUGGAGCCCCAGACCCCAGGUACAGAGACCCUCAUGGAGCCUCAGACCCCAGGUACAGACCCUCAUGGAGCCUCAGACCCCAGGUACAGACCCACAUGGAGCCUCAGACCCCAGGUACAGAGACCCUCAUGGAGCCUCAGACCCCAGGUACAGACCCUCAUGGAGCCUCAGACCCCAGGUACAGACCCUCAUGGAGCCUCAGACCCCAGGUACAGAGACCCUCAUGGAGCCUCAGACCCCAGGUACAGACCCACAUGGAGCCUCAGACCCCAGGUACAGAGACCCUCAUGGAGCCUCAGACCCCAGGUACAGACCCACAUGGAGCCUCAGACCCCAGGUACAGACCCUCAUGGAGCCUCAGACCCCAGGUACAGACCCACAUGGAGCCUCAGACCCCAGGUACAGACUCACAUGGAGCCUCAGACCCCAGGUACAGAGACCCACAUGGAGCCUCAGACCCCAGGUACAGACCCUCAUGGAGCCUCAGACCCCAGGUACAGAGACCCACAUGGAGCCUCAGACCCCAGGUACAGAGACCCACAUGGAGCCUCAGACCCCAGGUACAGACCCACAUGGAGCCUCAGACCCCAGGUACAGACCCACAUGGAGCCUCAGACCCCAGGUACAGACCCACAUGGAGCCUCAGACCCCAGGUACAGACCCACAUGGAGCCUCAGACCCCAGGUACAGACCCACAUGGAGCCUCAGACCCCAGGUACAGAGACCCUCAUGGAGCCUCAGACCCCAGGUACAGACCCACAUGGAGCCCCAGACCCCAGGUACAGAGACCCACAUGGAGCCUCAGACCCCAGGUACAGAGACCCACAUGGAGCCUCAGACCCCAGGUACAGACCCACAUGGAGCCUCAGACCCCAGGUACAGAGACCCUCAUGGAGCCUCAGACCCCAGGUACAGACCCACAUGGAGCCUCAGACCCCAGGUACAGACCCACAUGGAGCCUCAGACCCCAGGUACAGACCCACAUGGAGCCUCAGACCCCGGGUACAGACUCACAUGGAGCCUCAGACCCCAGGUACAGAGACCCUCAUGGAGCCUCAGACCCCAGGUACAGACCCUCAUGGAGCCUCAGACCCCAGGUACAGACCCACAUGGAGCCUCAGACCCCAGGUACAGACCCUCAUGGAGCCUCAGACCCCAGGUACAGACCCACAUGGAGCCUCAGACCCCAGGUACAGACCCUCAUGGAGCCUCAGACCCCAGGUACAGACUCACAUGGAGCCUCAGACCCCAGGUACAGACCCUCAUGGAGCCUCAGACCCCAGGUACAGACUCACAUGGAGCCUCAGACCCCAGGUACAGACCCUCAUGGAGCCUCAGACCCCAGGUACAGACCCUCAUGGAGCCUCAGACCCCAGGUACAGAGACCCUCAUGGAGCCUCAGACCCCAGGUACAGAGACCCACAUGGAGCCUCAGACCCCAGGUACAGAGACCCACAUGGAGCCUCAGACCCCAGGUACACCCCCACAUGGAGCCUCAGACCCCAGGUACAGAGACCCUCAUGGAGCCUCAGACCCCAGGUACAGAGACCCUCAUGGAGCCUCAGACCCCAGGUACAGACUCACAUGGAGCCUCAGACCCCAGGUACAGAGACCCACAUGGAGCCUCAGACCCCAGGUACAGACCCACAUGGAGCCUCAGACCCCAGGUACAGAGACCCUCAUGGAGCCUCAGACCCCAGGUACAGACCCACAUGGAGCCUCAGACCCCAGGUACAGACCCACAUGGAGCCUCAGACCCCAGGUACAGAGACCCACAUGGAGCCUCAGACCCCAGGUACAGACCCACAUGGAGCCUCAGACCCCAGGUACAGACUCACAUGGAGCCUCAGACCCCAGGUACAGACCCACAUGGAGCCUCAGACCCCAGGUACAGACCCACAUGGAGCCUCAGACCCCAGGUACAGACCCACAUGGAGCCUCAGACCCCAGGUACAGACCCACAUGGAGCCUCAGACCCCAGGUACAGACCCACAUGGAGCCUCAGACCCCAGGUACAGAGACCCACAUGGAGCCUCAGACCCCAGGUACAGACCCUCAUGGAGCCUCAGACCCCAGGUACAGACCCACAUGGAGCCUCAGACCCCAGGUACAGACCCACAUGGAGCCUCAGACCCCAGGUACAGAGACCCACAUGGAGCCUCAGACCCCAGGUACAGACCCUCAUGGAGCCUCAGACCCCAGGUACAGACCCUCAUGGAGCCUCAGACCCCAGGUACAGACCCACAUGGAGCCUCAGACCCCAGGUACAGACCCUCAUGGAGCCUCAGACCCCAGGUACAGAGACCCUCAUGGAGCCUCAGACCCCAGGUACAGACCCACAUGGAGCCUCAGACCCCAGGUACAGAGACCCACAUGGAGCCUCAGACCCCAGGUCAGUACGUCCCGCCCAUGAACGCCUCGGCCGGGUCCAACGUCUUCGACCCGGAGAUGAAGAUGCUGCGUGUUCUGGUCAAAGGGCUGCAGGCGGUGGAGGUCCGGACUUCUCCGGUGCUGGUUCUGGCCUUCGACCUGCCCGCCAUGACCCAGGACCAGUUCUUUGGGGAGAACCUGGUGCAGAACCUGGCGCUGUUCCUCAAAGUUCCCUCCAACAUGAUCCGGGUCACGAAGAUCGUGCGAGCGGACGGACGGCGCCGCAGGAGGUCCACCGGUCUCUCUGUGGAAGUGGAGAUCAAACAGCCCCCAGUGCAGGAGACCACCAACGCCACCAACGGAGACGAGGCCUUUACUGUUCUCUCUAAGAUCGCGGAUGAUCUGGGACGAGCUUUUGCUUCGCUUGAAUCAUUUUAUUUACAUUUUUUGUUUCUCCUUUAA